UUUACUGCUCAGAUUCUAGAGGACAUUUAUGAUUAAUGCAUUGAAACAAUAUGGACUCGAAUGACAUUACAAACUGACCUAUUUCGAAUGUGAGCACAAUGCCUGGCAUCAGUGAGUUUAUUAAACAGCCUGUGGAGGGAGACACAUCCUCGAGCCCGAGCAACAAACCCAUCAAACUCCCGCAGCGGGAAACAACGGUAACGACCUGUUCUCCGCUCCCACAUUCCUCCGCGGCGGCGAUGAUGACGUCACGAGGUCUUCCUCAAACAUCCCUGGCACUCCGGACCCGACACCAGACCCUCCUCAUCCUCUCCGGACCCGACACCAGACCUCAUCCUCCCGGACUCACACCAGCUCAGAACCAGUAUGAUGCUGGGAAUCUUCCUGAUAAUGACAACUGUUGCCUGUGCUGUUGCUCAAGAGGCAGAAGAGCCCGUUUCAUAUACGCAGUGCACAGAAGGCUAUGAAUAUGAUCCCAUUAAAGAGGUAUGCAAAGAUGUUGACGAGUGUGCCCUUGUUUCUGACGCCUGUAAAGGGGGCAUGAGGUGCAUAAACCACUACGGCGGAUACCUCUGCCUCCCUCAGAACGCACAGAUCUUCGUCAGCGAUGGGGACGACUCCUCACACUCAUCAAACCCUGUGAACCCACUGACCCCACAGACCCGCUGGAACCCCAGAGCCGGAGACGCGCGGUGCUCGCCUGGGUUCACACGCGACGGGCAGAACGUCUGUCAAGAUGUAGACGAAUGCGCUCAGGACACACACACCUGCAGUGCAGAGCAGACCUGCUUCAACACCAGAGGCUCUUACACCUGCCAGUGUCCUCCUGGACUCCAGAAACACAGAGAGCAGUGUGUGGACAGAAACGAGUGUCUGCUGUCACACUUCUGCAUGCACACGUGUGUGAACACCGCUGGCUCUUACUACUGCGAGUGCAAUGAUGGAUACCAGCUCGCCAGCAACAACCACAGCUGUGUAGAUGUGAAUGAGUGUGAUCUGGCUCAGCCGUGCCAGCAUCAGUGUUUCAACCUGCUGGGCUCGUACAUCUGCCAAUGUGAUCGGGGUUAUGAACUCGCCCCGGAUUCAGUCUCUUGUGUGGACAUCGAUGAGUGUGCGUUCUCCAGCUACAUGUGCCAGUAUGUGUGUAUGAACAGCCCGGGUGGAUAUUCCUGCUCCUGCCCAGACGGAUAUCAGCUGCAGAGAACAAGAAUGUGUCAAGACAUCAAUGAGUGUGACACGGGCCAUGAGUGUAGGGAAGAUGAGAUGUGCUGGAACUAUUACGGAGGGCACCGCUGUUACCCGCAGAACCCGUGCCAGGAGCCGUACGUGCAGACGGCCCAAAACCGGUGCUCGUGUCAGUCCGCGGCCGCGUGUCGAGGCCUGCCACAGUCUAUAGUUUACAAGUACAUGAGCCUUCAUUCAGAGCGCAGCGUACCGGCAGAUAUCUUUCAGAUUCAAGCCACAAACAUCUUCCCCAGCGCGCACUACACCUUCAGGAUCAAAGCUGGCAAUGAUGGAGGAGAGUUCUUCCUUCGGCGCUUCAGCAGUGUCGGAGCGAUGCUGGUGUUGUCUCAGUCUCUGGAGGGUCCACUGGAACUGAUCCUGGAUCUGGAGAUGAUCACUCAACACACACUGAUGAACUCUCGCUCCAGCUCUUUACUGCGACUCACACUCGUCGUGGGACCCUACGCCUUCUGACACUCCUGCUGCUUCACACACACACACACACACACACACAUCCGGGCGCGCGCUGUAAAGAACCGCCAGGAGUCCUCACACACACCGACUCUUACUCAGCGCUCCAGACACACACUAACAUGUUGCUGAUGUGCCGAUCAUUUUAAAUAAAACUGGUUAAAACAAUAUUGGUUUCUUCAUAUUAUAUCAUCAGUCGUGAUCGGCUGAUAUGUAGUUCAGUAUUAGUUCAUAUUUAGCUCUCCUUGAUCUGUAAUGUGUUCAUAAACAGAAUAUGAGCAUGGAAUUUUGAA